AUGAGCCUAAGACCUUCGGUGAGGCAAAUUGUGAUCUAUUGUGGCGUGAGGCUAUAUCUGAGGAACUACAGGCUCUUGAGAAGACUGGGACUUAGGAUAUCGUUGAUCUACUACCUAGCAAGAAAUCUAUUAAUUGCAAAUGAGUUAGAUUUAAAGAAUGUUUUUCUUAAUGGAGAUCUUUCUGAGAAUGUUUAUAUGAGUCAACCGUCGGGUUUAGACAUUUCGGGAAAGAGUGACAACGGAGAUAUUAUCGAUUGUGUUAAUAUCUACAAACAAAUCAGUUUCGACAAUCCAUCGAUUAAAAGAUCGCAACUCAAUCUUAACUUGGAGAAGCAGAGGAAAAGGGAUAACUCUUUCCCCAAGAAUAAGCUUGUCCAGGGCUGGCAUAGAAAUGGAGAAUGCCCAUUUCAAACAGUCCCUAUUCUAAGACCCCUUAGACGUCAAACUUCCUCGUUUCAGCCACUUCUAGCCAGCAAGAGUGUUGACAUUACGAAACGUGAGCAUGCAGUGGUAUGGAAUCAACAAGGAGCAUACUAUGGAGCUUCUGCAAAAUUCAGUGUUUGGAAUCCUCGAACUGAGGAGAAUGAUUUCAGCUUAACGCAACUUUGGCUUGUAGAUGAGGUUCACUCAUCGAAAUUAAACUCCAUUGAAGCGGGUUGGACAGUCCAUCCCAACUUAUUUGGAGACAAUAAAACAAGGUUUUUCAUAUAUUGGACAACAGAUUACUAUAACAAAACAGGAUGUUAUAAUCUCGAAUGCUCUGGCUUCGUGCAAACAAGCCGAACUUUUGCCCUCGGCUCGUCCCUAUCAUUACCGAUUUCCAAAUAUGACAAGAAAUCAAGCGAGUUAAAAGCUUCUGUCUUUAAGAACAAGGAAUCAGGAGACUGGUUGCUGGAAUUGGACAAUGAAGUGAUAGGAUACUGGCCAUACGAACUUUUCGACGGUUUAAAUGCGAGCGCCAGUCGAAUUUCAUGGGGCGGAGAAGUCUAUAAAUCAAACAGUUCAAGUAAACGACACACGACUACUCAGAUGGGCAGCGGACACUUUCCCAAAGAAGGUUACUUAAGAGCUAGUCAUAUCCGCAAUCUUCUAGUCAUGAAUGAGUUAAACAAAUGGACAAGUCCUGGUUGGACGUCUCUUACAAAAGUUAUAACAAAGCCUCAAUGUUAUAGCUUAAAGAUUCCAAAUACUUUACAAAGGAAAUUGGGUUGGGGAGUUCAUGUUUACUAUGGAGGUCCUGGAUUCUCUCCACAAUGUCCAUAA